AUGGUGAAAAAGAAAGACAAGAAAGGGGGUGCGAUUUUUUUGGCGGCUCUCGCUGCCGCAGUAGAAGCAGCGGAGAUCGAAGACACUUUUUUUCUGAGUAGAAAAGAACUAAAGAAACUUAAAAAGCAGGAAAAAUUCAAAUCAGAGAUGGAUUUUUUUGAAACAUCACAGUUUUCUGUCUCACAACAAGAGUCAUCAGCUAAAACUGCAAUCUUUUUUUAUGCACUGGAUAUAAAGGUUGAGAAGUUUGGUAUUUCUGCCAGAGGCAAAGAGUUAUUUGUUUUUUUAAGUUUGAAUAUCACAAAYGGACGGCGGUAUGGUUUGGUUGGACCUAAUGGAAUGGGUUUUUUUACUCUACUGACUCACAUAGCUGAAAGAAWACUUGCAAUCCCACCAAACAUUGAUUUUUUUUUGUGUGAACAAGAUGUAAAGGCUGAUGAUACACCUGCGUUUGAUGUUGUGCUUUUUUUUGACAAAAAAAGACUUCACCUAAUGGAAGAAGAAAAACAUCUUGUGAAGUUAUCAGAAACAGGAGAUGAAGGAGCCAUUGAAAAACUUUUUUUGGUUUAUGCUGAACUAGAGUUUUUUUGAGCCUCAUCUGCUGAGUCAAGAGCAAGGAGAAUCUUAGCUGGUCUAGGGUUUACUACUGAGAUGCAAUCAAGGCCUGUCAAUUUUUUUUCCGGAGGAUGGAGAAUGCGUGUAUCUCUAGCAAGGUUUCUUUUUCUUGAGCCUACUCUACUGAUGCUUGAUGAACCUACAAAUCAUUUAGAUUUUUUUGCCGUCAUCUGGCUAGACAAUUAUCUUCAAAACUGGAAGAAAACCUUACUUGUGGUAUCUUUUUUUCAAUACUUCCUGGACAGUGUCUGUACUGAUAUUAUCCACCUUGAUUUUUUUAAAUUACAUUACUACAGAGGAAAUUAUGGACAAUUCAAGAAAAUGUACAAGCAGAAAGUAAAAGAACAAGAUUUUUUUUACCAUAAGCAGGAAAAACAAUUGAAAGAGUUGAAGGCAUCAGGACAGUCUUUUUUUCAAGCCGAGGAGAAGACAAAGGCUGCUCAAGGAAGAUUUUUUUAAAAAUCUGGGAAGAAAGGAGAUUUUGAGGAGGAUGAUGUCCAAACUGUUUUUUUAAUCAAGAGACCUAAAGAAUAUGUUGUCAAGUUUUCUUUUCCCAACCCUCCGCCUUUUUUUCCUCCAAUUCUUGGUCUUAAAGAGGUGAUUUUUUUAUAUGGUGGGCAACAAGAAUUGUUUCAAAAUAUUGAUUUUGGUGUGGAUUUAUCUUUUUUUAUUGCUAUUGUUGGCAAUAAUGGUGUAGGAAAGACAACUUUCUUUUUUUUAUUAACUGGUCAUUUAUCACCAAUUACAGGUGAUUGGAUUAAGAACCAUUUUUUGCGUAUUGGAACAUAUAGCCAGCAUUCAGCUGAUUUGUUAAAUUUAGAAGAAUCAUCAGUCGAAUAUCUACAGUCAAAAUAUAAUCUGGAUUAUUUUUUUUCCAGAAAACACCUCGGCAGGUUUGGUCUUGCCAGUCAUGCACAUACCAUACGAAUUUUUUUUUUAUCAGGAGGACAAAAAUCUCGUGUUGCUUUUUUUUACAUGGCCCUUAGCAAUCCAGAUGUAAUUAUACUGGAUGAACCUACUAACAACUUGGACAUUUUUUUUUUUGAUGCCCUGGCUGAUGCUAUCAAUGAAUUUACUGGCGGUGUUAUACUAGUAAGUCAUGAUGCAAGACUGAUCCUGGAGACUGAUUGUCAACUUUUUUUUGUUGAAAACAAAGAUAUUUCUGAAGUUGAUGGGACAUUUGAUGAUUAUCGACAAUUUUUUUUAGAAAAACUUGGUGAAGAAGUUGUUUCCAAGUCAGCCAACCAUUAA